CAUCAACACCCAAAAAAAUAGAAAGGAAGGAAAAAAUGGAAAUCUCUAAUAUUUCCGUUUUGUUAAAAAGCUACCUAAUUACAACCAAAAUUAAGCGUAAAAAGUACUUAGUGAAAAUUACUUGUCAUAAUUUGAAGAGAAAAGAAAAAAGAAAAAAAAAACGUGAAGCCAAACGAAGAAGUCUCUCCACCAUAGAAGUUCAUACCUGCCCAAUAAAAUAAUUUAUGUCUCCUUCCUGUUUUCAUCCCUUGAAACAUCAAUUGACAACAUCAUUGCCUCUUUCUUCUCUCCAAUUUAACAAUUUUUCUAGCUCAACAAGGCCUAAAUAUUAACCCAAAGGAUAUUGAUUAUUUUGGUUAUUCAUCGACAAAAAAAUGGGAGCAUGUGCAAGCAAGCCUAAGGUCUUGGAGGGUACCGCUCCACAUGUGGCGGGAGAAGACAUCAUGAACAACAACAAGCAAGAAGGAAUUGUGGGCGAUGAUGUUCCCAAUAAGCCCCACUCUCUCAGUAAUUUGUUCGAGGGGAAAGGCUCAGAACAAGUGAAAGAGGAGACAUCUAAGACUAUACAAACCCAGCCAGAAGUUUUACCAAAAACAGAGGAUACCCCACAAGCAUUUCUUGAAAAUACAAGCGAGGAUGUUAUAGAAUCAAAAAUAGAGAAGAGAGUUGAGGAAAUAAAAUCAGAAAAAGAAGAAGAGAAAGUUAUAAAAUCAGAAACCGAGAUGACUCCUGCACAGGAGGAGGAAGUUAUAAAAUCAGAAAUAGAGACAACCCCCUCACAGAAGGACGAAGUUAUAAAAUCAGAAACAGAUAAGAGAGUUGAGGAAAUAAAAUCAGAAACAGAGACUACCGUAGAGGAAAUUAUAACAUCAGAAACAGAGAUUUCCACUGGAAAGAAAGUAGAAGAAACAGUGGAGACUCCAGCAAAGGAAGUCACUAAAGCAGAAAAGACAACAGAAGAAGAAAGAUCUGAAGCUCCAGUGGAAGAGAAACCAGCAAAAAAACCUGUAAUUGAAGAAAAGAAAUCAGGAAAAUUUUGGUGGGACAAAUAAACUAACCAUAAAAGAUCUAGAGAUGCUAUGAAGGCUCCUUAUUUACAGAUGGUAUGGUAAUAAUUUUUUAAUUGAAUAAGUUGGGGUGAGCAACACUUAUAUUUCAUUCUCAUUAUCACACUAUAUAUAUUUUCACUUUACAUUUCACAUAAUCUAUUUCUGAUAUUGUAUGUACAAGUCAUAAAAAUAUAUUUUAUUCUUGAAGCUAUAAUGGAUAUAGCAAAUGGAAGAGAGGU